CUCUCUGAAGGUGUCAAGAAGUAUGUCGGUGUCAAACACGAGUUGGAAGCUGGAUUUUCAUGGUCUCUAGUUCAUAGGGAAUGCAAAGAUUCAGAUUUAUACUUAGGUGGACAUCCUCAUGUUGUGGAAAGCAAUUCCAAGCUUGCCAUAGCUCUGACGGUCAUGGAUGAAUGCUUUCAUCCCAUUAUUGACAGGAGAAGUGGGGUGAAUAUCGUACGAAAUGUCCUUUACAAUUGCGGGUCGAACUUCAACCGGCUAAAUUUUGGAGGAUUUUAUACUGCUCUACUUGAAAGAGGCGACGAAAUAGUCGCUACAGCAUCGAUUAGAUUUCAUGGUACCCGUCUUGCUGAGAUGCCCUUCAUUGGAACUCGGCAUGUCUACAGACACCAAGGCAUGUGCCGCCGGCUUUUCACCGUUGUUGAAUCAGUAAGUCCCAUAAUUGUUUUUCUUCCAUGCUUAUGA